GGGGCAGGGGCGGAGCGAGGACUGCGCAGGGGAGGCGCGAGCCGGCCGCGGGACCCCAGGCCCGGAGCUGUGCGGUCCCCCCGAGUCUCCGCGUUUGGUCGUGCCGGGCCAGUGCAGACCCUCAGUGGUGGAAGUCCCGAAACUGACUGAUCUGGAGAGUGAGGAAGCACCAAGUCGAGAAAUUGGGAACUGGUUCUGGGGUUCGAAGCUUGAACGGGUUGACACCCCAGCCUGGGGCUCCUUGGUCCGCCUCACGCUGUGUGAAUGUCCUUGACACCAACUCGUGGGCAACGUCCACGUGCAGAUUCUGGUGGCCGUGUCAGUGCGUUCCCAUCCCAGCCAGACUGCACCCCGAGGUCAGUCGGAAGCCUACACUUAGUGGCGAGAGAGGUGUCCCGGCAUUGGGAGUCGCGGGGAGCUGGAGAUGUGCACCUAGAAAAGCGCAUCUGGGACAUGUCAGUUCUGGAACCCUUGGCACCUGGUUCUCCACUCACUUAUUGAGGUCCUCACCACAUCGACCCCACCCCUACUGCCUUGAGGUAGGGAAAAUGAGCCUGCUCAGCCGCAAUUUCUGACUUCACAGCUCUCUCUCAGGCCUCUAAAGACCCUAGUUACGCUCCUCUGGGAAUGGAUCCGUGGCUCCUGGAUCUUGAGGCUUGCUCACACCGAGGGUCUUCUUGCAGAGUCGCCCCAAAGUAGGGCCCCAGGGCUUGGAGAAGCAUGGGCACCAAGAAUGAAAGCCCAGAGCCAGACUACCAGAAACAGUUCCAGGCUGCGGUCAGCGUCAUUCAGAACCUUCCUAAGAAUGGUGAGGCUGCGGGGACCAGCGCUUUGGGGUUCAGGAUGCUGGGGUUCUUACCGCCCGUCCUACGAAGAGAUGCUGCGAUUCUAUAGCUACUACAAGCAAGCUACCAUGGGGCCCUGCCUGGUCCCAAGGCCUGGAUUCUGGGACCCCAUUGGACGAUAUAAGUGGGAUGCCUGGAACAGCCUGGGCAAGAUGAGCAGGGAGGAGGCCAUGUCCGCCUACAUCACUGAGAUGAAACUGGUGGCACAGAAGGUAAUCGACACCGUGCCACUGGGCGAGGUGGCAGAGGAUAUGUUUGGUUACUUCGAGCCCCUGUACCAGGUGAUCCCAGACAUGCCGAGGCCCCCAGAAAGCUUCCUGAGAAGGGUCACAGGCUGGAAAGUGCAGGUGCUGAAUGGUGAUGAUGGGGCUGUCCCAGGACCUCCCUGCCAUCCCAAGCAGCCAGCACCCCCAUACUCAGAGUCCCAGCCACCCAGAGACCUGGACUUGGAGGUUUUCUGUGAUUCCCUGGAGCAGCUAGAACCUGAGUUGCAGGUUUGGGCAGAACAGAGGGGAGCAGCUGGAGGAGAGCCUGACACCAGAAACAGUCUUGAGCCCCCUGGAGAGGAAGAAGGGUUGGGGGUCACCCUGCUGGGGCCCCAGGAGUUGGAUACAUGGCUGGUGGGGACAGUUCGGGCACUGCAGGAGAACAUGCUGGAUGUCCAGGGGAGGCUGCAGAGCCUGGAAAGCAAGCCCCAGCCCCCUGAGCAGGCAGGGAGGUCAGGGGGUCUAAAGUACUUCUAUCCUGGAGGGAGAGUGGGAAGAGGACCCUUCCCUGCUUAUCCACCUCUGCCUGAAAGAAACCCAGCAGAGGCCCAGGCCCAGGGCUCGGCCUUGGCCUCUCAGGCUCUCGGCUCCCACGCUGCUCUUCCUCCUCCUGUGGCCCUUCGUCGUCCAGUGGCUGUUCCGGCAGUUUCGGAUCCAGAAGAGGUGACUUCAGCAAGGGGCCUCUAGUCAACCCAGAGGGCUUUGAACUCCUGUCCUGCUGUGCCCUGAGUCUCCCACGUUUUAGGAGAAAAGCAUUAGCAAUCCCCUCCCAUCCGCGUUUGCCUUGGCACCCCCUUACCCAAUAGGGGCCCGAUAAGACCCCACCCUUCCCAGCAGGUCACACAGACUCUCCUUCCACCCACCUCACGCUGUCCUGGAAGGCUGCAGACUAGGUGCUCAUCCCCACAUUUUCGGGUGGCUGUGAGCAGAGCGGGGCUGCCAGGUCUCAGCCCCUCCGGCCCCACCCUCUGGGUCACUUGACUCCAGGCUUCUCCCAGAGGCGGCUCAGCUCUUGGGCAAGUUGGGACUUGGGCCAGGCCCUGGAAGACGGAUUGGCUGGGAGGUGGAGGAGUGCGCAGGCCCGGGGAGGGCGGGGAGCGCCGAUCUUGCUUGCUUCCCUGUACAGCCGCCCGACACACCGCUCAGGACGUCUUCACAGAAGAUUCUUUUACGAAUGAAUGUUUCACUAAAUAAAAUAAAACCUCAAUCUUCUGCA